AUGGGCAACACCAGCAGCGCGGUGUUAGAGAACAUCGUACAGGGCUCCAACUUUGAUCGCGAUGAGGUGGAGAGGAUACGAAAGCGCUUCAUGAAGCUGGACAAGGACAACUCCGGCACCAUCGAGCGCGAAGAAUUCCUCAGCCUUCCCCAGAUCUCCUCGAACCCCCUCGCCACAAGAUUGAUCGCGAUCUUUGACGAAGACGGCGGCGGCGACGUAGACUUCCAAGAAUUCGUCUCCGGCCUCAGCGCCUUCUCCAGCAAGGGCAACAAGGAGCAGAAACUGCGAUUCGCAUUCAAGGUCUACGACAUCGAUCGCGAUGGGUAUAUCAGCAAUGGGGAGCUGUUUAUCGUGCUGAAGAUGAUGGUGGGAAGCAAUUUGAAGGAUCAGCAGCUGCAGCAGAUUGUGGACAAGACGAUUAUGGAGGCGGAUUUAGAUCGCGAUGGGAAGAUUAGCUUUGAGGAGUUUACGAAGAUGGUGGAGAAUACGGAUGUGAGCAUGAGCAUGACGUUAGAUCAAUUCUGA